UUUUGGUGAGGAAGGGAGGCUGUCGGCCACCCGAGAAGAAACGGAGGAGGAAGUUGCAAGGCUGCUUUGGACAUGUCGCCGUGAACACUUUCGGAGGCUUCCCCCUGCACUGCCCCAGGGCUGCACUCUGUCAGCCGCGGCCGCUCGGUGCCCCGCGGCAGAGAUGCUGGGCGGCGGCGUGGGAAAGCGGCGACGAGCAUGAAGGCGGCAGGAUGGGCGCGAACAAUGGCAAGCAGUACGGCAGCGAGGGCAAGGGCAGCUCAAGCAUCUCAUCCGACGUGAGUUCAAGUACGGAUCACACACCCACCAAAGCCCAGAGGAAUGCAGCUACCAGUGAAGAUUCCGACCUGAGCAUGCGAACGCUCAGCACACCCAGUCCAGCGUUAAUAUUUCCACCGAAUUCCCCUGGGUUCCAAAAUGGCAGGGGUUCGUCGACAUCUUCAUCCUCAGUCACUGGGGAAACUGUUGCCAUGGUCCAUUCGCCACCUCCCACCCGUCUCACCCAUCCUCUUAUCCGGCUGGCAUCCAAGCACCAGAAGGAGCAGGCCAACAUAGACCGGCUGCCCGACCACUCCAUGAUCCAGAUCUUCUCCUUCCUGCCCACCAACCAGCUGUGCCGCUGUGCCCGCGUGUGCCGCCGCUGGUACAAUCUGGCCUGGGACCCACGACUUUGGAGGACAAUUUGCCUGACUGGUGAGACAAUCAACGUAGACAGGGCUCUCAAAGUGCUGACCCGGAGGCUUUGUCAGGAUACUCCCAACGUAUGUCUCAUGUUGGAGACGGUAAUUGUUAGUGGCUGCAGGCGGCUCACAGACAGAGGACUCUACACCAUUGCCCAGUGCUGUCCAGAACUGCGGAGGCUGGAGGUGUCUGGCUGUUACAACAUCUCCAAUGAGGCAGUCUUUGAUGUUGUGUCACUGUGCCCAAACCUGGAACACCUGGAUGUAUCAGGCUGCUCCAAAGUAACAUGCAUCAGUUUGACUCGUGAAGCCUCCAUCAAGCUGUCUCCCUUGCAUGGGAAGCAAAUCUCCAUCCGCUACUUGGACAUGACAGACUGCUUCGUCCUGGAGGAUGAAGGACUGCACACCAUUGCCGCCCACUGCACUCAGCUGACCCACCUGUACCUGCGCCGCUGUGUCCGCAUCACUGACGAGGGUCUGCGCUACCUGAUGAUUUACUGCACAUCCAUCAAGGAACUGAGCGUGAGCGACUGCCGCUUCGUCAGCGACUUUGGCAUGCGGGAGAUCGCCAAGCUGGAGUCGCAUCUCCGAUACCUGAGCAUCGCUCACUGUGGCCGCAUCACGGAUGUGGGUAUCCGAUACAUAGCCAAAUACUGCAGCAAGCUGCGCUACCUCAAUGCGCGGGGCUGCGAGGGCAUCACGGACCAUGGCGUGGAGUACCUUGCCAAAAAUUGCACAAAACUCAAAUCGCUAGACAUCGGAAAGUGCCCCCUGGUCUCAGACACCGGCCUGGAGUUUCUAGCCCUCAACUGCUUCAACCUAAAGCGCCUGAGCCUGAAAUCCUGCGAGAGCAUCACUGGGCAUGGCCUGCAGAUUGUAGCUGCCAACUGUUUUGACCUGCAGAUGUUGAACGUGCAGGAUUGUGAAGUCUCUGUGGAUGCUCUGCGAUUUGUUAAACGACAUUGCAAGCGCUGUAUUAUAGAGCACACCAACCCUGCUUUCUUCUGAAGGGACACCCCACGCCUGUCAAUGCAAUGCAGUAUUAAAAACACUGAUGUAUAAGCACACGCUCCCAUAUCCAGUAAUGCUGUCUUUUUUGUCACUCACGGGACUCAGUUUUACUUGUACCUAAUGGGUGAGGGGUUUUCUAGAAGACUAUUUUGUUUGCUUUUUGUAUGAUCACUUUUUAAGGUGCCGUGAGUCUCUGUGGAGAGGCCGUUUUAAUGCAAAAGCAAUGAGUGCUCAGCGUCCCUGUUGGGGUGUUAUUUCCAUAAGAGCCAUGAUCUUGUCCCAGGCUACAGUAGUUGCCUCCAAAGGAAAUAGCACAUAAUCCAUCCUUCGGAAAUGUUACUAAGCUGUGUCAAAUACAUCUGAAUUCUAGCUGUGCUCAUGAAGCUGACUAUGCAAUAUUGUGUCUGUGUUCCCCAACUUUUUCCAAUAUGGCUGAUAGUCAUCCAUUGUAAUCCCUCAGGAAAUACUGGGUAAUGUUCUUAAACGUACUCAUGUGAAGCACAGUAAGACCCGCUGGCCAUUGCUGAGCAUUUCUGCAGAGUGAAUCUGGAGACUGUGCCCAUGCAUGGAUUCUUUUGGGAAGCCCACCUCCAGGUCACUUGUGCAUCGUUGCUACUUUCCUUUAUAUCUAAAUUUGUCCUCUCCAACGUGUGUAGUACCAUCCUCUCCUAGUAGAUAGGGACUUCUGGCUCUGACAAGCAGUGAUGUAUUGAGCUGAGUGAAGGAGAACAAACGAGAUACUGGUGGCCUGGCAAAAGGAAAAGCCAGCAAACCAGCCUGAGAAGCUGCUGUAAUUCUGCAACAAGCUGAGAUAGUACUGUAAGACAGUAGAGAGGCUCUGAGGCAUUGUGGAGCAGCUUACACAGGGCAGUCCCAAUUGCUGUGCUCCGUGGCUGCCACCAGGAAGUCUGACUUUGUCCCUUUGCUGUACCUUUUCAGCAGCUGUGGCACCACUGCAGUGGAUGCUCCCUGAGAAACCAGGGACUUGUGUUUAGGUCAAGUUAGUAUGUGCCUUAAUACACUUGGAAACCUGACUCUUUUCUGUCACCUUCCAGUUGAAAGGAUAGAUGUCUAAUCUCAAGACUUCAAAGACAUUAGCCUGAUGUUAGAUAACACCCCUGGGGACACAGGGGCUUGGCAUAUUAUUCACAUUAGAUUUAGAUUUUUUGAGACUUUGGCUCUUUGUGUUCCCUUAGACUGGAGGUACAGCUGCAUUCAACAAAGAAUUAAACAGCAGACUUGCCCUGUGACCCUGGGAGCUCCUGUUACUCUCAUGAUCACUCUUGCUCUUGCAUAAGCUGGAGUGUUUUGGAAGUCCCCCAUCUCAUUGGCUCCUUCCCCAAGUGUGUGGUUGAUUCUUGGUUACUUUCUUCACAAUUUUCUGGCAGCUGUUCCACUGCAUUUUCACAUGUAAUGCUCAGAUCUGAAAGCCAGACACGUGAGGGGUGAUGAUAUUUUCAGGCAGCCCCCCUGUGCCUGACUGACAGGUGAAUUCAUAUCUUCAAUUCAAACACUGUAAGUGUCUCAUAAGAAGGGAAGCACUGUGUCUGGUUUUCAUAAGCAGUAGUUCCAUCAUCUCCAGACAACACUAAUAAAAUCAGUGGUAUGAAGUGAAAAUCAAUAUGCCCAAGAAAAACAAACACAUAACUGCUGAGGAAAUACUUAUAACAAUGCUCUCUCAAUUCAAAAAAAUAAAAGAUGGGCAAUGGUUUGGACAUGUCCCUGGAGAGGGAACUUGUCCUACUCCUGCAAAAAUUCCUGUAACUUAUGUAUGUUCUUCCAAUUUUGUAUUUUUUGAUAUGCAGGAUGGCAUCAGCUCUGAAUUAUAAAUUAAGUUAUACUAAGGCAAAGAGGGCCAUGGAAAAUGAAUUUGUCAUUGCUACUGUUACUCAUCAGUGACUAAUAUUAAUAUAACCUUGAACAGUUAACUUCAUUUUGGCUUUCCUUUCCAUAUUUCUAAAAUAAGAGAUUCUUCUCCAGUAAGUAAUACAGUAUAUUUUAUCUGAGCCAGCUAUACUCUCUGUUUACCCUUUAUCUAAAAAUGGCCUCAAGAAAUUUAAAUGUUGAGCCCUGAGGAUGUUGGGAUUUUGAGCCAUUUGCACUCAUGAAAUACAAGGCCUCACUAAUAACAUUUAAUUGUUUAUUAAAAAAAAUAAAGCUACUUUUCUGGCUAUGUUGAAUUGAAUGAAUAGUGCUACGUGGUUUUUAAAGUUUCUAAUGUUUAAAUUUGGCCUGUACUGUACAAAUCUCACUAUAAAGCCUUAAUUUGCUACCAAGAAAUAAAGCAGUAUAUUGGUAACUGAUGAGCAUGCAGCAUCAUUUGCACUAAGUGAUUAACUGCUAGUGAAAAAGAAAAUAUUAAAUACUUAUAAAUCUCAAAAAGUAAGCAUAUCAACCUAUCAGGUAGGUGGAUAAUGACCUCACCUGUCUCUCUCUUUAAAAUAUUAUUUUCCUCAUGUGUUUUUUCUUGACCGUGAAACAUUAUCAGAAACUGGAAGUAAAAAUAAAAGAAAAAACAACAUAUAAAAAAAUGUAUAAAAAUUUCAGGAAGGCCUCUGCAUUGGUUUAAAGGCAUGUUAACAUAUUUGAUGAAAAAAGUAAAAUUGAAUGACUUAAAGGGUAGAGCACUUACUGAAGCAGUGUUGCCUUUUGAAUGCUUGAAUGUUUGAAUGUAGAAACCCUUCUCUAGGGGACACUGGUGGAAAGUUAAUAAAGGUCAUUUUUCUAAGCCAAA